UAAAACGAAAGGAGUUAGUAGUUUGAGCUUUAAACACGCGAACUAUCGAUCUGCAGCCUAAAGAGCAACUUCAGCUAAACACGCUGCGGAAUAAGAAUUGAGGAAUCGCAAACCUUUGCGCUGUCUGAAAAAUGAUUUUCGACAAGUUGAAAAAGUUUGGCAUCGUCUUCGACUCUCCGGAGGUGGAUUGUUCUCCGGUGUUCAGCAGCGGGGACGUGGUGUCCGGCCGGGUGGUGAUUGAGUUGUCUGGGGUGAGCAAGGUGGACUCCCUGAAGCUCCACGCCGAAGGUUUCGCAAAAGUGCAUUGGACCGAAUCCCGGUCCGCCGGCUCCAGCACCGCGUACACCCAGAACUACAGCGACGAGGUGGAGUACCUGAACCGGAGAGAGGUGCUUCUUCAGGCAGAUAAUGGUGAAGUGACUGUCCUUCCCGCUGGCAGACAUGAAUUUCCAUUCAGCUUCCAGCUGCCAGAGGAGACACUGGUCACCUCAUUUGAGGGGAAACAUGGCAGCAUCCGUUACUGGGUCAAAGUUAAGCUACACAGGCCGUGGACCACUGUCAAAAAGAUUAAGAGGGAGUUCACGGUUAUCGAGCCCAUUGACAUCAACACACCAGCUUUACUGGCACCACAGGCUGGAACGAAGGAUAAGAUGGCACGGGCCUGGUACCGCAACUUUGGACAGGUGUCUGUAACUGCAAAGAUUGACCGCAAAGGCUACACACCAGGUGAGGUGAUACCUGUUUUUGCUGAGUUCGACAACUCUACCUCCAGAUCAGUUGUGCCCAAAGCCUUCAUCACUCAGACACAGACGUUCAUCGCCCGCGGCACCAUGAAACAGAAGCGCUCCGUGGUGGCCACCCUGUGCGGCGACAUUGUUGGUGCCAGAUGCCGGGAAACUUGGCACGGUCGAGCCAUCAAGAUCCCACCUGUCGGUCCCUCCAUCCUGCAGUGCCGCAUCAUCAGAGUGGAAUACAUGCUCAAGGUUUGUGUUGAUGUUCCUGGGUCAUCCAAGCUGUGUCUGGAGCUGCCACUGGUCAUAGGCACCAUCCCUCUUCAUCCCUUUGGCAGCCGGACGUCCAGCAUCAGCAGCCAGUACAGCGUCAACCUGGAAUGGCUGCGUAUGGCCAUUCCAGAACAGCCUGAGCGUAAGUGUCCUUUAAUUCUGCACUCUGUGGUGACAGAGGAGGAGGCCGAGCAGCGCAACACGGUGGUCCUGCAACCAGCUGAAGACCUGAGUGGGAUCCUUGAGCGCCCCCUCAUGGCUUUUGUGCAAGAGUUUCGCUUCCGACCUCCACCAGUAUACAGCGAGAUUGACCCUAACCCCCAGCCCUUCAACAUGAGACCUCGCUGCAUGACGUGUUGAACCAUGAGCCUGAGCGUCAAGCAUCUUAAGUUAGUGAAAUGAAUCAAGAGAUUCGUCUUCUCCUGGAUUACUUUUCUCUGAUAAAUGGCGACUGGUUGCACCAUGUGUCAUGGAGAGAGACUAGAGUGCCACGGAGAGGUUACAAGAGGAAACUGACCUCGCAGUAACUGGGUGUCAGUGGAGGAGCUGCAACUUAGCUUCCAGUCCACAAAGUAAAGUGGACAAUUUCCUGUUCUCUUGCAAGGGAAGCAACUUUUCUGCAUCAGUUCCUGUCCUCCAUAGGGGAUUUUUUUUGGCUUAUGACGAAACGAGCUGCAAGUACGUCCCUAUCAACAAUUCCCUCUUGUGAAGAGAUGUAAGGAGUUUGGGACAUAUUUUGUAGGGUGGGUGUGUUUGGGGAAAAUGCUUUUGAUAAGUUGACAUGUUUAGAAGCACAUUGUCAUCUUUGAGUGGCGUAAAGAAAGAAGUGCAAUUAUUGUCUUAAUCUUCCAAACCCCCUUCACCUGCAACAUAGUAGAUUUAACAGCCUGCCUUGCUAUGCAUUGUUUGACUCAACACCAGUGUGCCUGUGAUGAUUUCUACUGUUACAUAAGCACAUACUAUAUCUGAAGGUGUGAUGGUGGUGCAGACAAGUCUUAUAAUGAGGUGAAUUUGAUGCAUGCAGGUAAACAUAUAAAAGGGAAAAAUAACAUAUUCCUUAAUAAUCUGCAGUUAAAGAUUGCAUAUGAGUUUCAGGGAGUCAUUCUCUCACGAGUUGAACGGAGUUAUACAACAAGUUAGGAAAAAAAUGGUGCAUUGUAUAUGGAUGAAUUCUGAGAGGAGUGUUAAAUGCAGGAUAUAAGGCAAUGAACUGUCAGAUAGCGGUAGUUGUUAACUUCAGCCCAUUAAUGAGACGAAAUGAGUUCGUCUAUAAAGUUGGACGAGGCUCUUGCAUUAUCUCUCCCAGCUGCUAAACAAAAAGAUGAGGAAAAGACCUCUGAGCCAUGUGGUCUGAAACAUUUGAUGGGAGCCAGAUGCCUCGAUGUUGUGGAUGCUGUAUCAACACUGCUCAAGUCGAGCUUUAAGCUGGAGAUGCCACUGAAUUGUAUGGACAAAGAACAUUCCAAAAACUGACUUGAGGAUUGUUUUCUCCUCAACUUCCGAAAAACUGUUAGGAAUAGGAAAAGUCUUCAGGGUCAGCUGUGUGACUUUGGCACGCACUGAAAAGCUGAAUGUAUUUUUAUACAACUGCAGUUGCUGAUUCACAGUCUUGCCAUAGUUUUAUAACUGUUUUUUUUUCCUAAUAAAAAUACUAAAUGGA